AUGAUAGACUCGCCAGAAAAUACGUGCCGAUUGGCCAAGGCUUUCAGAAGUCUGCGCGAUGCGACGCAACAGACGACCCGCCCUCAAACACUGGCUCUCUCGACCUAUCCAACAUUACCAGAGACAAGCCUGGAGCGAAGAGAACAGUCUCUAUCAGCUGGUGCCGAAUCGAAGACCGAGACAUUCCUCUAUCUCGCCUACGGUUCCAAUUUGUGCAACGAAACCUUCCGAGGCAAGCGAGGAAUUAAGCCUCUGUCGCAAAUCAACGUUCAGAUCCCACAACUACGCUUGACUUUUGAUCUACCUGGUAUAGCCUACUCGGAGCCAUGCUUUGCAAACACUGCCCGUCGCGAUCCUGAUAAGGAUGUGCCAAGUCUAUCGGAGAAGGAGGGAGCGCCUGCACCCAACGAUUACCACAAGGAUAGAUGGCACAAAGGCUUGAUAGGCGUAGUCUACGAAGUCACUGCCACUGACUAUGCCCACAUCAUUGCCACUGAAGGAGGUGGCGCCUCAUACCAAGAUAUCCUCAUCGACUGUUAUCCCUUCGAGAAUUCGGAUCCGACCCGCCCUGUGCCCGUCUACCCUACCACUAAGCCUUUCAAGGCUCAUACCCUGUUCGCUCCUGCUAUUCCACCAGGCUCCCAACCCCCAAAGGAUGGAGGAAGACUUCAACGUCCGGAUACUUCUUACGCACAAGCCUCCUCUCGCUACCUGAAGCUCAUCACUGAUGGAGCCGCUGAGUGCAAACUGCCCUACGAAUACCAGGACUAUCUCAACAACAUCCGACCAUACACAAUUACCAGCAACAAGCAGCAGAUGGGCCAGUUCAUCUUCCUCACUCUGUGGCUACCUUUCAUUGUGCUUAUCUUCGGUCUCAAUGCAAAAUUCGCUGAUGAGCAUGGUCGCACUCCGCCUUGGCUCCGUAUCUUCUCAGAAUCAAUCUUCAGGGCUUGUUGGAGAACCUAUGACGGUUUCUUUAAACCCACUUUUGGUGAUGGUGAACGAACCACUCCUGCGGAAGAUCAGGAUGGCUACCAAGCGAAAAUGCCCAUUCAAGACGUGCCCCGACAUCUCAAAAGCAACAUAUCACUAGACGAGGAGAAAUACUCCGCAGCUGUAUAG